AUGCCACAGUCAGCGCGCUGGCCGAAGCGCCGACCCAAAGGAGAUUGCUGCGAGUCGGCGAGGCUUCUUGAUGAGCCUUAUACCUCCCAAUCUCCGAAACUAGACGGCGCCGUUGGCCGUUAUUCCCGACCAGAGAGCAAAGCUACGAGAAGGAAUAUCUACUCCAAACCUUCCUCCGGCCCAAGCCACGUCACCCUGCGAUUGCCUCGCCGUGAACAGUACCUCGAUCCAAAGAAGGCUUGGUGGACGCAGAUCCCCGACCUCAACAGCGAGUACGAAGAACAGAAAGCCAGGGAGCAAGAGAGAACCCGGCAAGACUGGUUGCGGCGACUUCGGCCUCGGCCGCGAACAGAUUCUCCAGUGGAGAAGUCUUCAAGCCCAAGAAGCAGGAAGGAAAAUGGUUUCCGUAGCAGUGCGACUUGA